AUGUUUUUUUUUCUUCUGGCAGCACAAAUAGAGAUCAUUCCUUGUAAGAUCUGCGGGGACAAAUCCUCCGGAAUCCACUACGGGGUCAUCACCUGCGAAGGAUGUAAGGGGUUCUUCCGGAGGAGCCAGCAGGGGAAGCCGAUCUAUUCCUGCAGUCAGCAACAGAGCUGCCAGAUCGAUCGAUCCAACAGGAACCGGUGCCAGCACUGCCGCCUGCAGAAGUGCCUGUCCCUGGGCAUGUCACGGGAUGCCGUAAAAUUUGGCCGAAUGUCCAAGAAGCAGCACGAUAUCAUCCAGGCCGAGGUAGAGAAACUUCGACUGAGAGAGCAAAGAAUGGACGGGUCUACAAAUCUACAGAGGACGGAACCUCAGGUGUACCAACCAACGUCAACAUCUCCGCAACCCGGUCACACCAUCCCGCAUUCCCUAUGGACCGGCCGGUGGGAUACCUCCUGCUCCGCGCGCUCCUGUUCAGCACCCAGAAUGCAGUUGCAGAAGGACACCCUUGUCCACCAUUCCAACACUCCAGAAAAGACCCAUUCAGAAGCCUUCCUUCGAAAAAGCUACCUCCGAGAGCAACAACUUCACCAGGAGCACCCUAGACCAACCGCGUUCCAGGGCGCGGAGACCUAUGGCAACGUCAUCAGCAGCUGUUUAAUUCCAGAGUGCGUCAUUUCGGCGACGGAGCUUGAGCUUUUGACGCAGAACGUAGUGCUUGCCCACCAGGAAACAUGCCAGUUCAGGCAAGAGAACCUCCAUAUCCUGCGAUGGGAAACCUUCUCUACGGCAGAGUUGCAAAGCUUCCAUCACAAGCCCAUGGACCAGAUGUGGGAACGCUGUGUGUGCCACGUCACCGAUGCCAUCCAGUAUAUUGUGGAGUUUGCCAAACGGCUCAGUGGCUUCAUGGACCUGAAUCCGAACGACCAGAUUGUUCUCCUAAAAGCAGGUGCCAUGGAGCUUCUCCUUAUAAGAAUGAGCCGAGCAUUUAACUGUUACAACAACACGGUCUACUUCGAAGGCAAAUACGCUCAACUGGAACUCUUCCAUUCUUUGGGGUGCAUCGAUCUCAUCAGCACCAUGUUUGAUUUCUGCCACAUCCUAGGAGCUCUCAAUCUCUCCGAACAUGAAAUGGCCUUCUACAGUGCCGUGACGCUGCUGGAUCCCAGCCGGCCCUGGCUACAAGACAAGCAGAAGGUGGAGACCCUUCACAGAAAGCUACAGUUGGCCUUCAGACAUCUACUGCGGAGGACCCAUCGGGAGGGGAUUAUGAGCAAGCUCCCGCACAAGGAAGGGCUGUCUGGGAUUUGCCAGCUUCACCUAGAAAAACUGAACGUCUUCCGACAGAUGUACCCGGGCAUAGCGUGGGAGAGGUUCCCUCCGCUCUACAAGGAGCUGUUCAUCUCCGAACCAGAAAGUUCCUGAGAGGACAAUGGACAUCUCCUCCUAUUCGCCUGUCACCA